AUGGCCCGCCAAUGGCAUCCCAGAGCUGUCGCUCAAGUCACCCUCCGCGGCCUCCAAUUUAUCUUCGCCGUCAUCAGCGCAGCACUCUACGGCGCCGACCUUGUCAACUGGUCGGCAACCAACACACAUGCCCACGCAAGCUGGAUCUAUGCCGAGGUUGCCGCAGUGCUAGCUGCCCUCAGUUCAAUGGCUCAAUGGUGGCUCGCCCUUCCCCGUCCUGGAGCCGUGGUCUGGGACUGUGUGAUCAGCCUCCUUUGGCUUGUCACUGUCGCAGUGUUUGCCCAAAACAUCUCCAACAGUGCGGAUAUUGAGCAAAAGUUUUCGAUCAACAGAAUUAAAGCCGCCGUGACGAUUGAUGCUGUCAACUUGGCCCUGUGGCUUGCUUCAGUCGUGGAAGCUUGCUGGUGCUGUGGCAGACGACAACAGCAGAAACAACCUACAAUCGAGGAAGCCAUGGAAGAGUUGGAUAUUGCUGAGAAGCAGAAUAUCACCACAGAGAAGGGUGCGAAAGCGGCACUUGAUCCGCCACCAUAUGUCAAAGUAUGA